GGACGCCGCGCCGCGGCGGUCGCGGAGCUAAACCCGGAGGUCUGUGGUCACCGGAGCGGGGCGGGGGCGGUUGCCUAGCAACCGGCGGCGCUAAACAACAGAGGAGCUCGCAGGGGGCGCAAGGAGGUGCUGCGUCUUGGAUCAGGCCUCCUCGGGGUCUCUGACCCUUCAGGUUUCUGCGCUAUGGCCACGCUGAGUGUCAAGCCGAGUCAGCGCUUCCAGCUGUCCGACUGGCACACCAACAGCUACCUGUUGUCCACCAAUGCUGAGCGGCAGCGAGAUGCUUCCCAUCAGAUCCGCCAGGAGGCCCGUGUCCUCCGCAACGAGACCAACAACCAGACCAUAUGGGAUGAACAUGACAAUAGGACUCGACUGGCAGAGAGAAUUGAUACUGUCAACCGGUGGAAGGAGAUGCUGGACAAGUGUCUGACAGAUUUAGAUGCUGAGAUUGAUGCCCUGACACAGAUGAAGGAGUCAGCAGAGCAAAACCUGCAGGCUAAGAACCUGCCUCUGGAUGUAGCAAUCGAGUGCUUGACCCUGCGGGAGAGUCGGCGAGACAUUGAUGUGGUGAAGGACCCUGUGGAAAAUGAGCUGCAUAAAGAGGUGGAGGUCAUUGAGGCCACCAAGAAGGCAUUGGAGCAGAAAAUCAGCCAGGCCUUCGAGCAGCUCUGCCUCCUGCAGGAAGUCCAGCAGCAGCUCAACUCUGACCAUCGGGGCAAAAUGGAGACAUUGGAUAUUGACAGAGGCUGCUCCUCUCUCAACCUCAAUUCCCCAAACAUCUCUCUGAAGGUCAAUCCCACACGUGUCCCCAGUGGCUCUACCACACUCCAGCAAUGGGACGACUUCAGUCAGUUCAACAAGAACCGAGCAGAGGCUGAGAUGAAAGCAGCCACGGAUCUGAGGGAGGCCAUUGCCCUAACGAUUGCUGAGACCAACAAUGAACUUGAAGCCCAGAGGGUUGCAACGGAGUUUGCCUUCAGGAAGCGGUUGCGAGAGAUGGAGAAAGUGUACAGUGAGCUCAAGUGGCAAGAGAAGAAUACCUUGGAUGAGAUCGCUGAGCUGCAGGAGGAUAUCCGGCACCUGGAGGAGGAUCUCCGCAGAAAGUUACUGAAUCUGAAGCUGGCCCAUACCCGGAUGGAGUCCAGAACCUACCGGCCCAAUGUGGAACUCUGCCAGGAUCAGGCACAGUACGGCCUCACCGACGAGGUUCACCAGUUAGAGGCAACCAUCACUGCCCUGAGGCAGAAGCUGGCACAAGCACAGGACGCUCUGGACGCCCUGGACAAGCACCUGGCCCGGCUGCAGGCUGACAUUGCCUGCGAGGCCAACUCCAUGCUGUUGGACACCAAGUGCAUGGACACCCGACGCAAGCUGACUGUGCCUGCUGAGAAGUUUGUGCCUGAGGUGGACACCUUCACCCGAACCACAAACCGCACCCUUAGUCCACUCAAAAGCUGCCAGCUGGAGCUGGCUUAGCCUUGAGGGGCUGGGGAAGCAGGGGAGGAUGGGUGGGGAAUGGAGGGAAGGGGGAGAGAAUGAAUCUAAUAAAUGUCAGGGUUCUCGGGCCA